UGCCCGUGGUCUGGUAAUCUCAGCGCCCGAGCCCCGGAGCCGCGCUCGCUGCCUGCCUGUUGUUGAGGAGCAGAGCGGAACCACGCUGCCUGGUAGCUGUGUCCUGAGGAAGGGAAAUGGCGAUGAGACAAACUCCUCUCACCUGCAGUGGUCACACGAGGCCUGUGGUCGAUUUGGCUUUCAGUGGGAUUACGCCUUAUGGCUUCUUUCUAAUCAGCGCCUGCAAAGAUGGCAAGCCUAUGAUGCGCCAGGGUGACACGGGGGACUGGAUUGGGACGUUUCUGGGUCACAAAGGUGCUGUCUGGGGAGCCACGUUGAAUAAAGAGGCCAAUAGAGCAGCAACUGCAGCCGCGGAUUUUUCGGCCAAAGUAUGGGAUGCCGUGACGGGUGAUGAAAUGGUCACCUUAGCCCACAAGCAUAUUGUCAAAACUGUUGACUUUACUCAGGAUAGUAACAACUUACUUACAGGUGGUCAAGACAAAGUUUUGCGUAUUUAUGAUUUGAACAAAGUUGAUUCAGAGCCUGUGGAGAUCAGUGGCCAUAGUUCUGGUAUUAAGAAGGCACUGUGGUGUAAUGGAGAUAAACAGAUCAUUUCAGCAGCUGAUGACAAAACAGUAAGGCUCUGGGACAGAACUAGUAUGACUGAAGUGAAUACGCUUAAUGUAGCUUCAUCUGUAAGCAGUGUAGAAUACAUACCUGAUGGGGAGAUCCUGGUUUUAACCUAUGGAAAAACAGUUGCUUUUCACAAUGCACUCAGUCUAGAGUUGAUCAAAUCUUUUGAUGCACCGGCUUCAAUCAACUCUGCUUCUCUUCAUCCUGAAAAAGAAGUUUUUGUUGCAGGAGGUGAUGACUUCAAAUUGUACAAAUUUGACUACAAUACAGGCGAGGAUUUGGAGUCAUACAAAGGCCAUUUUGGUCCAGUUCAUUGUGUACGAUUUAGCCCAGAUGGAGAGUUGUAUGCCAGUGGUUCUGAGGAUGGAACGCUUCGUCUCUGGCAGACAACUGUUGGCAAAACCUAUGGAUUAUGGAAAUGUGUACUCCCUGAGGAGCUUGGCUCUGAAAACUCUGAUUCUAUAUAUGGCACACCGCCAGAGGUAAAAGCAUGAACUGUUAACUAGAAAGAAACCACCAAGCAGGAUGUGGAGAAGAAGAGCACGCCUUCCAGUGUAUGGUUUUGGCAAAUGCGGACAACUGGAUGGAAUCAUAUCAAUAACUCAAAUGUCUGAAGACUACUCUAGUUAAUAGUCUAAAAGACGAGUACUUAGUGUCUACAAGUAGUAGACCCGUCCAUAUUCAGUACAAGUGCUUUGCAUCUUAGUGUUUAAUUGAACCUGCUCAGCAGCACCUGUACAUAAAGUAUCAGCAAAGGUCUUUUCACAAAGUGCUGGAGUUGUAACAUCAUGGAUUCAAACAUUUCCUUUAAGAAUGCAAUUUUUUCGUAUACAAGUUCUGUGCUAAUAUUUGGUUUACAAAUUAAAGCUAUUCAAUUUGUCAUUCUUUCAUUUUAA